AUGGGGCGUCCUCCUUGUUGUGACAAAGCAAAUGUGAAAAGAGGGCCUUGGACUGCUGAGGAAGAUGCAAAAAUCCUUGCUUAUGUAGCCACUCAUGGAAUUGGCAACUGGACCUUGGUCCCUCAAAAAGCAGGUCUGAAUAGGUGUGGAAAAAGCUGUAGGCUGAGAUGGACCAAUUAUCUGCGUCCUGAUCUUAAGCAUGACAACUUCACACCUCAAGAAGAAGACUGCAUCCUUGAGCUUCACAAAACCAUAGGUAGCAGGUGGUCUUUAAUAGCAAAGCAAUUACCUGGAAGAACAGACAAUGAUGUCAAAAAUUACUGGAAUACAAAGCUCAAGAAAAAGCUAGUCAACAUGGGAAUUGAUCCUGUAACACAUAAACCAUUUGCUCAGGUCUUUGCUGAGUAUGGAAAAAUUAGUGGUCUCCCAAUUCAAAAUGCAACUAAUCAUAUCCAAUUCUACAACAAUACUAAUCAAAAUAACCAACUCUUUAUCUUCUCAAAUGAAACUAGUACUCCACAUCACCACUUGCAACAAAACUACUCCACUCAAAUCUACACAAGGGAAACUCUUCAAACGCUUAGUUUUAGUGAAGUCUCAUCAACAAAUUCUUCUUUCUCUUCUCUGCAAUCUCAGCUUCCAUCUUCUUCGUCAACAUCUACGUCUACUUGGAAUGACUUUAUACUGGGAGACCCUUUAACAUCCUCAGGUACACACCAAACACAGGGGACAUUUUUGUCAAACCAAGUUGAGGAAAUGCAACCUGUUGAACAACCCACUUGUUGCCCUGCAAUGGAUUCAUUUGUGGACACUAUCUUGGCUCGCGACAAGCAAAUGCUAAUGGAUUUUCCACCAUUUCUAGAUGUCUACCUCCAUUAUUGAUUCUUGAUAUACGUGGUGUUGCGAUUUUAAUUCUAGUUGGAAUAAUGUCAAGAUGAAUCCUUAAUUUGCUUAGCCAGUUUUCAGUUUCCUUGACUUUUGUUCUAAUAGUUACCAUAUGAGGUUUUCACUUUCCUUUUUGUCACAGACAAAGCAAUGUUAGCCCUUUCAAGAAUGAGUGUAACUGCAACAUUCAGCAUUAACACUUCCAAAUCUCAAAACUCUAAUCACGGU